ACAGUUCUCUGAGAUUAUUCAUUCAGCUUGGUUAUCUAUCUACUUAUUACGGGUCAAUUGUGUUUACAAUAAUAUUUAAUGUUUUUUUUACACUUCUUAUAUAAAAAUUUUGACAUAAAAUAUUAAUUGAUUUUAAAGAAAGCCAAAGGAUUUAAAGACACACGCAUUUCUUUUAUGAAAAUAAUCUACAAAAUACAUCUACAAAAAGUGCUAUAAAAAUGUUACCAAAUAAAGCAAUACCAAACAUUAUAUUUAAUUAAAUGUAAUUAUAAAUAUUACAAAUAUAAAUUUGAAGUAUACAUUGUGGUGAAUCGAAAUAAUAGCAAUGAAGUUAACAUCUCAAGAAAGCAUCAAAGCUUGGAUACUAUCAGCUUUGAUGGUACACGGCGCUGUUGCAGGCAAUCCGGAUGCUAAACGCCUUUACGAUGAUCUCUUAAGUAACUACAACAAACUAGUACGCCCAGUGGUUAAUACUACAGAUGUCCUCAAAGUUUGUAUAAAACUUAAGCUUUCGCAGCUGAUAGAUGUUAAUCUUAAAAACCAGAUCAUGACUACGAAUCUUUGGGUGGAACAGUCAUGGUACGACUACAAAUUAAGGUGGGAGCCCAAAGAAUAUGGGGGAGUUCAUAUGCUACACGUUCCAUCCGAUCACAUUUGGAGGCCAGAUAUUGUACUUUAUAAUAAUGCUGAUGGUCAUUAUGAAGUGACACUUAUGACAAAAGCAAUAGUCUAUAGUAAUGGAUUGGUGAUUUGGCAACCACCUGCCGUCUAUAAAUCGUCUUGUUCAAUCGAUGUUGAAUAUUUUCCAUAUGACGUGCAGACGUGCAUCUUAAAAUUAGGAAGUUGGACCUAUGAUGGUUUUAAGGUGGACCUGAGACACAUGGACGAGCAGCAGGGCAGCAACAUUGUUGACGUAGGCGUAGAUCUAUCGGAGUUCUACAUGUCUGUCGAAUGGGACAUUUUAGAAGUUCCGGCAGUUCGGAAUGAAAAGUUUUAUACGUGUUGCGAUGAGCCGUACUUGGAUAUAACGUUCAACAUUACCAUGCGAAGAAAGACUCUUUUUUACACAGUUAACAUUAUAAUACCAUGUAUGGGUAUUUCAUUUCUAACCGUACUGACUUUCUACUUGCCUUCUGAUAGUGGAGAAAAGGUUACUCUGUCCAUUUCGAUUCUCAUUAGUCUCCACGUGUUCUUUCUUCUGGUCGUGGAAAUCAUUCCGCCAACAUCGUUGGUUGUACCACUGUUGGGCAAAUAUCUGAUAUUUGCGAUGAUAUUGGUUUCUAUAAGUAUUUGUGUGACAGUUGUCGUGCUGAACGUUCAUUUUCGGUCUCCGCAAACCCACAGGAUGGCUCCGUGGGUCAAACGUCUGUUCAUUAACUUUUUGCCUAAAUUUCUCUUCAUAAAGAGACCAACAUAUAACUUUGAAACAAGCAAAUUGCUUUUGAAGGACGCUCACGCAUGCUUUUAUCCGUAUUACUCUUCAACUAAUAUUGAUCGCCUUGUAAAUUCGGGUUAUAGCCACACAGCCUCCAAGGAAGAAUUAACAACUCAGAGUUUAACCAGCACUGGACCUUUUGGAGGCAGUUGCCAAGUCCAUGGACCCUUGCCUCAACUAACGCACUCGAGCUCAGAUGAUUUAACUGCCGUCCCUGAUUUAGAUACUGGAAAUUCUGGAAUUAAAAGUCCAAUAUUGAACAAUCCAGCUUUUUCUCACUCAAAAUGCCCACCUCGAGUGCAUCGCAGUUGUUUCUGUGUGCGUUUCAUAGCAGAGCAUACCAAAAUGCAAGAGGACUCCACUAAAGUUAAAGAAGACUGGAAGUAUGUCGCAAUGGUAUUGGAUAGGCUCUUUCUUUGGAUAUUCACACUGGCUGUCUUGGCGGGCACAGCGGGCAUCAUCUUGCAAGCGCCAACCUUGUACGAUGACCGGAUUCCCAUAAUCGAGCAGAAGGACUUGGAGUUUUCCGGGACUUCAGCCGGACGUUGUAGACCUGCGCAAUAGCGAUUUUAUGCCAAUACUGUCUAAAACCCUUACAGACCAUUUUCAAUUUAUUUUUUAUUUGUUUCUGUUUUCCUGUUUGUCUAAACCUGAAUCAAAAAAUCAACUAAAUUCGUCGCUAUAAACCUAAUUCUGUUAUCUAUGCAACGCUUUAUCAACGAAAAACAACGUUAACAUUAACAUUAACAUUAUAUUUAAGUUCUGAUCGAAAAUAUUAGUCUGAAACAUAAGGAAAAUUUAGCACGGCUAUAUUAGUAGAAAACGGUACUGUUAAAGCUAUUCAAUACUCAAAACGUAUUACAAAUUAUAAAAAGUCUAGAAUACAUAUUUAUUUCUCCUAUUAUUUAAUUAUAUUUUAAUAAAGUCAUUUUUUUAGUUUAUUUGUUCUCACCCAUUCGGGGUCUGGGCAAAUGCAGAGCGAGGCAUAUCUGCUUAAAAAUAAUCCAUUUGUGCGAUCACUCUGAAUAAUCCGGGAUCGAUAUCGAAACGAACCAUGAAUAGAUCGAUCAUUGGGGAAAUAAGAAAAUUUUUGCUUGAGCAACAGUUUUGUUUAGUAUUUAUUUAAAUUAAACAUGGAGCUUUUAAACUACAUAUUAUAGGUUCUAUUCUAAUGUUCUAUAUGUUAUAUGAUUAUGUAUAAUUUGAAUUAUUAAUUAAAUUUAUCAAAAAUAUAUUUCAUUUCAUUUGAUAACUCCAAUGGGCGUGGAUAUGCCUUCUCAUGCUCAUUCGUAUCAUAUAAAAAAUGCCAAUUAGCAAUUAGACGAUAUACAGGUCAAUUGAUAAAUUAUGUUACUUAUGAUUUACUUAAAGCUAUAAAUGUGUAUAUACAUAUACACAUACCAUACAUAUAUCAUUCACGAGUUCUUGCAAGCACUUAAGACGUGUUUAAAAACCCCGUAGGCACAAAUUAUUAUUUAUACUUAGAAUACAUAUGCAUAUGUAUUUACUAUAUGCAUAUGCAUGUGCACCUACAUAUUCCCAACACGAUACAAGCUAAAUUGAUUUCUAUAGUAAAAUGAUAUGACGAUUCGUAAUUGAUUCUGUUUAUACUUCACAGCAAACUGUAGUCAGGGCGCCAUUUAAACUACACUACAUUUCAUUUUGUGAAGAAUUCAAGCGUGUUGUAUACUUUACGUUAGCAUACAAAAUGUGAAAUAGAAAGUUAACAUUACAAUUAAUAAGAUAUAACGUUAGUUUAAAGUAUUUGUUACUUAAUAAAGUUGAAAUUUAAAAUUAUUAA